AUGCACUCAGUGCAGUUCUGCCGGCCGCUUGCUUGCCUCUUUGACCAGGUGUACCGGGAGAUUUCAGAGGGACCAGGAAACCGCCGAAUCAGCCUGGAGGCUGAGGAUGAGUUGCUCUUGGGGAUGAUAUCACUGCCCAUGCACUGGAUGGACCAACGGAUGCAGGUGGCACCCCAGGUCUAUGCCACGGAUGCGUCUUUGGAGGGAGGUGGGGCCUGUAUACCAACUGGCUUGUCCUCGCGGGGACGGGCCAAAUGCCACCCGGUGACGAUUUGGGAGGGCCUGAUCUAUAUCGACACGGACGAGCUCGGAACGAAGUUGGUGAGAUGUGAAGAGCGGUGCCUCCCGAAGGUCAACAAAGUUUUCUGGGGGGAGGAUGGCCCAACAAGAGCCCUGGCCAGAGUGCCUCCUCAACGGGAGGUGCCGACGUUUUUCGAUGAAUUGGUCAAGCUACGGGGCUGGCUCGAGGAUGCCAGCCGAGCAGUUAAACUUCCUCGCUGGGAGGUUGUCGAGAUCUACGAAAAUUUGAUGAUGAACGAGGUCGCGCGGAACAGGACCAACGAGAAGCUGGACAGCGGGGCUUACUUUGUGGAAGGGGCCCAACUCCUUCGGCUGUGGUGGCUGCGCGGCAUCAAUGUGGCCUCCUUCAGUUUCGGUCGGCCCGAGUCCAAGCGAUCACCUCCAGACACAGCGGGGCUAGAAGACCUUGAUAGCCGAGCCCUUGGACGAUGGAAAGAGGAUGCAUGGCGCCUCCCUCCUUUUCACUAUGCAGAGCCGAACAUGGUCAAGGGAAGUUCGGGGAUCCGUCGGCUCACCUCAGACGAGCAGCUUCGUUUUUUUGGGUACACAGCGGACCACCUGAACUUCAAGCAGAAGGUGACCGAGGAUCAAAUACAACAGAUGCUUGGAGGAGCCUGGCCAGCCAUUUUGGUUGCCCGCCUCCUCGUGAACUUGAGGGCGUCCUGGAGCGCCAAAUUCGGUCCCAAGUCGGGCGGGCAAGUCGGUGUGGAGCACUUCCGACCCUUGGGGGUGCCCUGCACAGACUUGUCUGUUCGACUUGCCCUGGACCCGGAGCAGAAGCUCAGUGACGCGCAGUUCCUCGCGAUGCUGGUUGGGAUCAACGUUUCACUCAAGGGAACGGAUGUCAGGCUGGACAUCGGGCUCCGCUUCGCGGCCUCGUGGCCUCCGACUUCGGAAGGAGGUCCGUCGACCCCACUUUGUGGCAAUCGGAAAGCGCACGAAAAAGGAGCGAAAAGAAGAGCGGAGAGUGUUGGGAGCUCUUACAUCUCAGGUUGUCGCACCUAA